UCCGGCUGCAGAUUUCUAUAAAUUUGGUCCCUGCAAUGGUUCGGGUCAUUUACAGAAAGUUGAUUUUGUUGUUGGAAAGACAUAGCAACAGUCAUCAGCAUGCGUUGUAUCUUUAUGUUAGCACUCGUCCUCGGGACAACUUCGGCCGCUUCCAUUCUCUCAAUGCCAGAUCUUCCUAGCAUUUUGAAUGGCGGUUCAUCCAUGGCAACUGCUACCGCAUUCGUGAAAACCGGAGGCCCAGAAACCUUUCUUUCCGACUCCGGGAUCAGCAGCUCUUCUUCUGCCUCAGCUUCUGCUUCCGCCUCAGCCUCCGCUUCCGCAUCUUCUUCCUCAACAUUCUCCAUCGAUCCAUGCGUUGAUGUCAAGGUUGAAGAAGAUGAACAAGUCCCAGAAGAACCUUGUAUUACCGGACCAAUCGAACUCCGAAACACUGUCAUUACUGAAGAUGGCGAAACCGUCACCGCUGACGACGACAGAAUCGUAUGGAAGACCCUUACCGCUGCUGACCUUUCCGCGCCUCUCAAGACAGGUUACUUCAGACGUCGAGUCACACCAGCACCCCGUGCGCCAUGUGUCGACCUCGUUACAACCCUUGCGCCAUGCGCACCACCAGUAACCAUUUUCAAGCCAUGCGAGCCAGAAACCCUGACCAUCCCAUGUCAAACUAAAGUUGUCGACCCAUGCAUCACCCCUGUUUCGAUCCCAUGCCGACCAACUAUUCGACGACCAUGCAUUCCACAAAUUCGACGACCAUGUAUUCCACAAAUCCGACGACCAUGUGGACCAAGCUUUAGACGACCAUGCUUUGGUCAACGCCGAAUGAGCGCAUGUGCCUCUGCGUCUUCAAGAGUGUCAUGUGGACCAUCAAUCCGACGACCAUGUAUUCCACAAAUCCGACGACCAUGUAUUCCACAAAUCCGACGACCAUGUAUUCCACAAAUCCGACGACCAUGCGGUCCAACCAUUAGACGUCCAUGCGGUCCAACCAUUAGACGACCAUGCGGUCCAACCAUCCGGCGACCAUGCGGUCCAACCAUUAGACGACCAUGCGGCCCACAAAUCCGACGACCAUGCGGUCCACAGUACCGACGACCAUGUUACCCAACUCGUCGAUGUGCACCAGCUCCAUGCGUACAAAUCGAAGAGCCAUGCAUUGAAGAGCCAUGCAUUGAAGAUCCAUGCAUUGAAGAUCCAUGCAUUGAAGUAUUGGAAGAUCCAUGCAUUGAAGUUGUAGAAGAUCCAUGCGUUGAGACUUUAGAAGAGCCAUGCGACCCAGUGCCAUGCGUUGAAAUCGUUGACGAGCCAUGCAUUGAAACCAUUGAGGAGCCAUGCGUUCAAAUCGAAGAGCCAUGCAUUCAAAUUGAAGAGCCAUGCGUACAAAUUGAAGAGCCAUGCGUACAAAUCGAAGAGCCAUGCGUACAAAUCGAAGAGCCAUGCGUACAAAUCGAAGAGCCAUGCGUACAAAUCGAAGAGCCAUGCGUACAAAUCGAAGAGCCAUGCGUACAAAUCGAAGAGCCAUGCGAACCAGUCGCCCCAGAACCAUGCGCACCAAGCAAGUUCGACUUCAAAUUCCCAGAUAUCUCCAAAUACUUCUCUGGCAAGCUCGGUUCAUCAUCUAACGCAUACGCUUUAUCUUCUGGCUCCUACAGCGCCUCCUCAUCCGCAUCUGCCUCAGCCUCCUCUUCUGCCUCAGCCUCCUCCUCUGCCUCAGCAUACUCUACCGUAUACUAAGCCGUUGUUCAGAGCGACAACAAGAGCAGACGUAGAGUUAGAAAACGUAGAACCGUAGACGAAGAAAUACACAACGAUGUUACUGCUCCAUCACCUCAAGAGGCCCAUCUUCGUAGUUUAAAAUACAAAUGGCGUGUUCUCCCCUUUACCUUACCUCUCCUUCUCUAUCUCCUUUCUAAUGCUUUCUUAAAUCUUUGUUAUUUCGCAGUUCGUUACAUCUUCCUCAAGUAGGCCUAUCUCUCUGGCUGUGAAUUUAUGUUGGCGUAGUGGCUUCGCUUAAUAAACUGCUUCUCUUUAAAGCGCCAAAGAAAAUAAACGGGUUUUGUUUAAAAU